CUGCGAUGGGGGACUAUGACGAGUAUGAUGUGAUUCAUGAUUGUAACUUGUAUUGAGAUUUUCGGUUGCGAUUUCUAUGGAUUGUGAAUCGUUACGAACCCUGUUUAGAUUUGCCCUCACCUGUCAUUUGUCAUUGUCAUUGAUCUCACGUGCACGUUAACGCUUAACGGUUAACCGUCAUUGCAUUAAAAGUAUUCGUUAUGUGUUACUACAUUGGUAUUGUCGUUUAAGGUCAAACGGAGUAGUUACGUUAAAUAAUAGAUGUAAUUGGUUUCUAUCUAAAUAAUUUUAUAUUAUUAAUUCGUUGUGAUACAAUAAAUAGUAAUUUUAACGUCAGACUCUUGUCAUCAGAAAACAAUGGAAAUCUUCAUUUGAUCAUUGCAAUCCUAUCGUUACCGCCGUUACACACUAUUGUCAGUUGACAUUGAAUUGUGUGGUGCACCAUUAACUUCAACACAACCAAAUGUUGAAUGGAUUGUGGCCGGAUCGUUUGUCAAAAUUUGUUAUGUGCAAGUUUUUCUAGGCAUUUCAGAAUAAGAGCAUGCAUGAUGACCCGAAAAUAUACAAGUGGCAUACAGAAUUGGAGACUAUGUGUUUGAAAAACGCAUCUGUGAUCGUGUUGAACACGAGUAUCAAUAAUCCCCCAGAAAUUAUACAACAUCUGUGGAACAAUUGUCGAUUACGAGUAACAGUGGACGGCGGUGCAAACAGAUGGCACACAUUUAUAACUCAAAACAAACUCAAUUGCAAAAAUCCCGAUUUGAUCAGCGGUGAUUUCGAUUCUGCAACGCCUACUAUUGUUGAAUACUUUGUGAAACGUGGCUCAAAAUUAGUUCACACUCCUAAUCAAAACGAGACUGAUUUUACAAAAGCAUUAAAAGAAGUUCAAAAAUAUUCUGCGAGACAAAAAAUUAAAAUUAACAAAAUAAUCGUAAUGGUUAACAUGUACAACAGGAUUGAUCAUUUCUUGUCCAACAUAAACACUUUGUAUACACAAAGAGAUCAGUUUUUAGAUUGCAAGACAAUCUUAUUAGGAAGAAACACGAUGACUUGGUUACUUCCGCCAGGUUUACAUAGCAUACAAAUUCCUCAAAUUCUCACAGCGUACCCUGAGAAAAAUUACGUUGGAUUGUUCCCGAUGGGUUCAGCUUGUGAGAGUUGCACAACUACUGGGCUUAAAUGGAAUAUAAAUGGAAAAAUGAUGCAAAUGGGAGGACUUAUCAGCAGCAGCAACACCUAUAAUGGAGACUCAGUCGUCACUAUCGCUAAUAGUUCCCCACUUUUGUGGACAAUGACUUUGGGUUUUGAAGACGAUUUUUAAGUCGUUGGUUUUCUUACUUGUUGAAUUUUGAUGAGGCUAUGUUUUAUAAACCUAACAAUAUUUUCAUAAAUUAAUGUUAGUCAAUUUAAAAUAAUGUUUGUCUGAUUUAUAUGUAUAGUUUUAUUUUUUACAAUGUGAGGUAAUUUUUAUCAACUAAGUCAUGUUAAUUGUUAACAAAUUAUAUAAUUGCAUUGUUAGAUUAUGUUACGGUUCUAGUUAAUAAACAAAUAACCUUAUUUUCAUUCAUGAUCGUUAAAAAAAAUAUAUCAUUUUUCUAUUAGUGUUA